AUGGAAAUCAUUGAAAGUGUCACUGCACGAGAACCCUUUCUAAACCUGUCGUUUCUUUUCUCACCAGAAUCAAACGAGGGUAAUGAAUGUGAUGACAACAUGGACGAAUCUAAAUUAGAAUCAGAUGAGGAGGCAAUUCCUAAAACAUAUGGGAUUCAUGAUAUUGGGUGUCAAGAAUUGAAGGAUGGAGAAAUCAAAGAAUAUGACAAUGUUUCAAGUGACGAGAUGGCUUCUUUGACAUGCAACACGCCGUUGUUGGAAAAGAUUGAGUUUCCACCCACUGGAGACAAGUUAGCAGCUUCAAGAAGGAUAAUUGAAGCUGACGGGUUCAGGAGAGCUGGCCUAUAUGAUGGAUGGCUUGCACAUCUGUUUGUGGGGAAUUUGCUUAAAGGACAAACUGUUGGUGUGAUUGUAGCAGUUCGUAUUGGAUCUGCAUACGCUAGAAUGGUGAUUGAAGGAUUCAAGAUGAACUUAAUUUAUUAUGAUCUUUACCAAGCGACAUGUCUAGAGAAGUUUGUUACAGCUUAUGGUCAAUUGUUGAAAGCCAGUGGCGAAGAACUUGUCACGUGGAAACGCGCAUCAUCAAUGGAUGAGGUUCUUCCAACAACUGAUGUCAAAAAGGGAUACACAAGGGAUUGA